UAGAUAUAUCAACAAACAAUAAUCCAUCUACCAUACAAACUUUAAAAAAUAGCUUAAACUUUCAUUUCAAUGUUUUUUUCUUCUUCUUUAAGCUCCUAUUUCAUUACCCCAUUUUGUAGGACCAUCAAAAGACAAUAUAUUCUUUUAGGUAUCAACCUCCAUUAACAUCACUACUCACCUCACUCACUUCUCAUUCAUUUCUCUCUUUUUUUCCCUCUCAUUUUCUUUUUCCAUCACAAAAAAUGGCUACAAACUUAACCCUAAUUUUUCCCACUCUAUUUCUCAUGUCCAUUUUUCUUCUCAAUCUUCCCACAACCAACUCAGAUGACACAUGCCCUUAUCCAUGUUACCCUCCACCCACCGGUACCGGCGGCUCCCCCACCGGCACUACACCGACAGUUUCGUACCCGCCUCCGGCCGGAAACUCAUACCCUUCUCCAACAGGCAAUAAUUUUCCAUAUUACCCUCCACCCACAGGGAAUAAUAAUAAUUUUGGUUAUGUUCCUCCUCCUCCUGAACCUAUAUUGCCUUAUUUUCCAUUUUACUAUAAAAAACCUCCUCAUCAAACUGAUGAUGAGUCAUCAUCUGUAUUAUUUAGAUUUCAAAGAUCAACUAUGUUGAUCACUACUGCAGUUAUUGUUCUUGGUUUUAAUUUUCUUUAAUUGUAUGUGUAUUAUUUUUUUGGCUACUUAAUAAUGAAUUUCUAUUUCAUCA